AAGGUUGAAAUUCGUGAUGUCUUUGGCUUAUUAUACGAUAGUGACGAACUUCUUCCAGCUCGAGAAAUAGAAGAUUAUUGCCCAAGGUCCCUGCAAAAAAAAAACAUUCAUGUUGUGGUUUCUUUACCUACACCUACCGAUUCUUAUCCAAGAUAUUUUAAGGCUUCGCAAGAAGUUCGUGUUCGUGCAAAAAAAACUUCUAG